AUGUUCAAACUUCCUCAAGGGCUGAAGAUACUUCCGUCUACUCGCACUUGUUGUGGCAUAUUUUUGAGACCUAGGGGGCCGGCUACGUCGGCCUUUCUCCGAAUACCUGCGCAGACCAUAAGUAAUCCGGCCCGUCAAUUCUCUGCAACUCAUUCCUGGUGUGGUCCUCGUUAUGUCCGGUUCAAUGUAGACCAAGAGCAUCCAUUUAAUGUCAGGAAAUGGGACCUUGGGACCCGAAUCGUGGCCGCGGUCGUGGUUGGCGGUGGUGUGUACUAUGUAACACAGUCCUUGCUACCUAUUUACUUGUUUGCCAUAUGUGUUCGCAGUCUCGAGAAGGUUCCAGAGACAGGUCGAUGGCGCUUUAUGGAUGUGAAUCCUAAAAUCGAAGCCAAGCUAGCGAAGGUAUCGUAUGAAGAGCUUCUGUCUGAAUAUCAAGGCAAAAUUCUUCCCGAGCAUCAUCCCCUCACUCGACAUGUCCGAAGGGUUGUUUCGCGUAUCCUAGAAGCAUCCAACCUAGGCACGCUUGCAUUCGAGAAACCUGGAUAUCUGGUCACUACCGGGCCAUCGGAUGAUCUAUGGAGUACGAGCACACAGACGGCAGACACUCCUCCUGGUGCUGGUGGUAGAGUGUGGAAUUUGCUCGUGGUUAAUGAUGAUCGUAUGGUCAAUGCAAUGGCAAGCUAUGGAAACAUUGUCGUAUUUACUGGAAUUCUUCCCAUAGCAAAGGACGAACAAGGAUUAGCCGCUAUCUUAGGGCAUGAGAUUGGACACGUCGUAUUGCGGCACAACUCGGAGCGCUACUCCUCCAUGAAGGUUCUUCUCGCCCUUGCGACUCUGCUUGAAAUUGCCGGUCUAGAUUUUGGUUUUGCAAGACUACUUACGUCAUUACUGUAUGAUCUUCCAAAUUCGAGGACGCAAGAGUUAGAAGGCAAGCUUGCCACUGUUCACGCGGACCAUGUAGGCCUGAAAUUGGCUUCCCGAGCAUGCUUCGAUCCACGCGCCGCGCCAGAAAUGUUCACGCGUCUGGGAAAGCUUGAGCAAAGCAAGGGAGGGAUACAGAUCGGGUUCAUUAGUACACAUCCCCCCUCACGGCAACGAGUUCAGCAACUAGAAGAACUUCUCCCCGAAGCAUAUGCAAUACAGGCUGCAAGUCCGGAAUGUGGUGCCAUCCAGGACAGUUUAGCUGCAUUUAGGGAUACAUUUGCUCGUGACUCUUGGAGAGCAGCGGAUGAAAACGUAGUUUGGACGUGA